CCGAGCGGGGGCGCCGCGGCGAGGAGGCGCGGUCGGAGCGGGAGCGGCGAGGCCCAUCUUGCUGCCGCUCGUCGGCCGCGCUCGGGGAGGAGGGCCCUAGGCCGGCGUGCGGCCAAUCCGGGCGGGCGCUGGAGGCGAGCAGGGCAGAAUGGGCUGUAGUUUAGUGAAAUAGGAAAGCUGCAAACAGUGUGGAGUGCUCCCGGUGUAAAUAAAAGGGGGAAAAGAAAAGUUUCUGCAAGUCGCAGCUCUGCAGCCUCGCUCGGGCACCGGCGCGGGGGGUUGUGCGUCGCAAAAGCCCAACACACUGGACUUUAUUGUGCUGCGUUAGCACGCUCUUCCUAUUGUUUGUGUUUUUUUCAAAAUAUGGCAAAGGUUCAGGUGAACAAUGUAGUGGUGUUGGAUAAUCCUUCUCCUUUCUACAAUCCUUUCCAAUUCGAAAUCACAUUUGAGUGCAUAGAGGACCUGUCUGAAGAUUUGGAAUGGAAAAUAAUUUAUGUGGGUUCAGCUGAAAGUGAAGAGUAUGAUCAGGUGUUAGACUCUGUUUUAGUAGGACCUGUUCCUGCGGGCAGACACAUGUUUGUAUUUCAGGCUGAUGCACCUAACCCAGGGCUUAUUCCAGAUGCAGAUGCAGUAGGUGUAACAGUUGUGCUAAUUACAUGCACCUAUCGAGGUCAAGAAUUUAUUAGAGUCGGCUACUACGUAAACAAUGAAUAUACUGAAACAGAACUGAGAGAGAACCCACCAGUAAAGCCAGACUUUUCUAAGCUUCAAAGGAAUAUUUUGGCAUCUAAUCCCAGAGUCACGAGGUUCCACAUUAAUUGGGAAGACAACUCUGAAAAACUGGAAGAUGCAGAGAGCAGUAACCCAAAUCUACAGUCACUGCUUUCUACAGAUGCAUUACCUUCAGCAUCAAAGGGGUGGUCAACAUCAGAAAAUUCAUUAAAUGUUAUGUUAGAAUCUCAUAUGGACUGCAUGUGACUAACCACCAUCAUUUUGGUACUGUACAUGUGUUAAACUGUAAAAACAACCAGAACUAUUUCCCUCAAAUUCCAUAAGUACAUAGUUGACAAGCAAUGUGAAGAACUUGUUUUAAAACAUCCUGUAGAAAGUUUAUAUUAAAAAAAAAAAAGAAACCAAACAAACAGUAUUUGAACAAAUUGUGGAAUAUAAAUACAACUAUUUUUAAGUAA